UUUUGGACAAAAUCAAUCCAGUCACUCGUGUCGCUUCAAAGUUCGGCAACUCUCUCUCGGCGAUACGCAGGGCAUUUCGAUGAUGAACAGGAUUGUCGCCAGAAACUUUGGUUCCAAUGUUUAUAGAUUGAGAAUUCCUUGGAGACCUUUCUCUAAUGAUGCAGCCUCAAAUCUAUCUAGCUCAAAUGCCGGUAACCCUGCAAAUGAGGGUGAAGGUCAACAAUAUGACAUUGCGAUUGUUGGAGGUGGCAUGGUUGGCCUGGCUCUUGCUUGUUCCUUAGCUAGCAGACCAUUAACGAAACAUUUGAAUGUUGCCAUCAUUGAUAGCAAUCCGGCUUUGGGGAGAAAACACUUCAUUAAGAAAGAAGACCUCCCUGAUCCCAGGGUCAGUACAGUAACACCAGCGACUAUAUCUUUCUUCAAAGAUAUUGGUGCUUGGCAAUACGUUGAACAGCAUCGACAUGCCUAUUUUGAUAAGAUGCAGGUUUGGGAUUAUACUGGCUUAGGUUACACAAAAUACAAUGCGAGGGAUGCAAACAAAGAAGUACUCGGGUGUGUGGUGGAGAAUAAGGUGCUACUUAGUUCUCUGUUGUCAUGUGUGCAGGAUACAGAUUUGCAGAAGAAAAUCUACCCAUCAAGAUUGACUUCAAUGUCUAUACUACCAAAUUCUUCAUCCUUGGAAGAAGACAGCACAGCAUCAGAGACAGCAUUGUUUACUUAUGGGCGUUUAGCUAAGCUGGAACUGGAGGAUGGACAUAGUGUAUAUGCGAAGUUGGUGGUAGGAGCAGAUGGGGGAAAAUCACGAGUUAGAGAGUUAGCAGGAUUCAGAACAACUGGAUGGAACUACUCACAGAAUGCCAUCAUAUGUACAGUAGAACAUGCUGUAGAAAAUCAUUGUGCAUGGCAGAGGUUUCUACCUGCUGGUCCCAUUGCACUUUUGCCAAUAGGUGAUAAGUUUAGCAAUAUUGUUUGGACUAUGAACCCAAAAGAGUCAUCAGAGUUCAAAUCAAUGAGUGAGGAUGACUUUCUGAAAGCCGUAAAUCAUGCUCUGGAUUAUGGUUAUGGCCCUCAUCCUACAUCAAGCUUAUUGGGUAACACAGACAUUUUUUCUUGGUUCAAAGGAGAUAUCACCAUGUCAGCUCGUGAUUGCUUUGAAGUUCCACCAAAUGUAGCCAAGUUGGCCUCUGAAAGAAUGGUUUUCCCAUUAUCCUUACGGCAUGCUAGUGACUAUGCAUCCAAGCGUGUUGUUCUAAUUGGUGAUGCGGCACAUACUGUGCAUCCUUUGGCUGGCCAAGGAGUAAAUUUGGGUUUUGGAGAUGCAUCUAUUCUUUCAAGUAUAAUUUCCGAGGGUAUUGCAGUUGGCACAGACAUUGGGGAGGUAUCACUAUUGAAGAAAUAUGAAGCAGACAGAAAACCGGCGAAUGUUAUGAUGAUGGCAGUCCUGGAUGGUUUCCAGAAGGCAUACUCUGUUGACUUUGGUCCUUUAAAUAUCCUACGAGCUGCAGCAUUUCAUGGGGCUCACUAUAUUUCACCACUUAAAAAGAGCAUCAUCUCUUAUGCCUCGGGGGAGCACAGAUUGCCACUAUUUUCUUGAAGACCUUGAUAAAUGUGAUUGCAAAAACUAGGAGUUGAAACCAACAAAGAGGUAUCACAUUCCUUGUGGAUUUCAAAGGAGGCUAGGUGUGGAAUGAUUCAUCCUCAUGCAGCUAAGAAUUUCCAAUCAUGUUUUCUUUUUUCUCCUUUUAAUUGGAUUCUAUUCUCUGGUGACAAACUUCUUAACUUUAGCUUAAUCAGAAAAGAGAUUAGGAGGAAAAGAUAGAAAAUUUGAGGUUAAGCAUUUACUUCUUAUGAGCUCUUUGAUAGAUGUAAGAUGUGGUUACCAGUUGAUCAUUGACUCACUAGGAAGAGAAUCCAUUUCAUGUUCAUAUUCAGCAUCAUUUUCAUCAGAUUCUCAGUUUGCUAGGAAUUCUAACUUUUUCCCAUUCAUAUUGUUUCUUCUCAGCUUAUACAUACCAGAAUCUGAAAAGCCAAAACAUUGUGGAUUCAGGGUCAUGGAACUAGCUUUAGUUCAUCAUUUAGAUCCGCCUCAACUGUUAUUAUACUUUGUUUUUUCUUGGUAAAUGCUUACAGUAGAGAUAUCAGUUUUGCCAGAAAAAAUUCAACUCGAUAGUGUUCUGUAUGGUAGUAGAUGUAUUUUUUUUU